AUGAUGGGUAUGAUGUGCAGAGAAGAAGCUGGUGCAGCAGCAGGAGAGCUGGCAACUGCUCUUGCUGAGAAGCUCCUUGCAUCUUGGUCAAUCUGCCAGGAUAAUGCAGCCAUUCAGGAGGGGGGACUAUGAAACAGCAUUUUAAAGGGUCUAUUAGUCUGGUGACCUUGCAUUGUUGACAAGCAAAGGAGACGAGCUCGUCGCUGAUUGAUCUGAGCGCCCUUUCGCCCCUCAGCAUUCUGAGCAUUAUGGCUCCUAACACCCCCACCCCCCUGAUCAGUGUUGAUGUUGCCAAGAAGCCCUGGGAGCAGGAGAAACCGCUGCACAACAGGUGGCACCCAGACAUCCCCCCAGUGGAGACAGUCAAGGAGGGCACACUCUUCCGGGUGGAAACCAUCGAUUGGACAGGCGGCCAGAUCAAAGACGACGACUCCUCGGAAGACAUCAAAAAGGUCGACCUGUCCCAAGUGCACUACCUCAGUGGCCCAAUCAGGGUUCACGACCAGGAAGACAACCCUGCACUUCCGGGCGACAUUCUUGUGGUCGAGAUCUGUAACCUGGGGGCCCUACCUGGCGAUGAAUGGGGGUUUACAGGAACAUUUGACAGGGACAAUGGGGGCGGGUUUCUGACGGACCACUUUCCGGAGGCAACCAAAGCUGUCUGGCACUUUGACGGCAUCUAUGCGCACAGCCGCCAUAUACCGGGGGUCCGCUUCCCGGGGCUCAUUCACCCAGGUCUGAUCGGCACGGCGCCUUCCAAGGAGCUGCUGGAUAUCUGGAAUACGCGCGAGAAGGCCCUGGUGGACGAGGGCGAGAAUGGCAUUACGUUGGGGGGCGUCCUGCACACCCGCCCGCUCGCAAACCUGCCAACGCCAACGGGAGCUUGCCUCGGGAAGGUUGAGAAGGGUGCCGAGUGGGAUCGCGUUGCGGGCGAAGCUGCACGGACAGUGCCGGGGCGUGAGAAUGGCGGGAAUUGUGACAUCAAGAACCUGAGCCGCGGUUGUAAGGUGUACUUUCCGGUGUUUGUGGAAGGCGCGAACCUGAGCAUGGGCGACAUGCACUUCUCGCAAGGGGACGGGGAGGUGUCCUUUUGCGGCGCCAUCGAGAUGAGCGGCUUCCUGGAGCUCAAGGUGUCGAUCCUGCGCGGCGGCAUGGCGCAGUACCUGACCCCGAUGGGCCCCACCAAGCUGCACGUGAUGCCGCUCUUCGAGAUCGGCCCGCUGGAGCCGCGCUUCUCGGAGUGGCUCGUCUUCGAGGGCAUCUCCGUGGACGAGACGGGGCGGCAGCACUUCCUGGACGCGAGCGUCGCCUACAAGCGCGCGGUGCUCAACUGCAUCGAGUACCUCGCCAAGUUCGGGUACACCAAAGCGCAGAUCUACUUGUUGCUGUCCUGCUGUCCGUGCGAGGGAAGGAUCUCGGGGAUUGUCGACGCCCCCAACGCGUGCGCAACGCUCGCCAUCCCGAUCGCAAUCUUCGACCAGGACAUUCGGCCGAAGGCGGGAGGCCCGCCAGUGGGCCCCCGGUUGAUCACCCGCGGUGACGUGGCGAAGUCCACGUACGAUGGAAGCCUGCCCGUCUUCAAGAAUCCGUAUCCAGAAUGAAGUCGAGCCGUUCAGCGGAACAGGCCCGGCCAGAUCUCGUAUUCAUGCUAUAUUGCUUAGCCCAGAAGGCGUUCACGUAAUGUGUUUGGCAGAUUAGUGAAUCAUUCUGGCUGCAUGCAGAAGUCGUCUCAGUCAAUUCCAUCAAAGGUCCGCGUUGGUCAUGGUUUGAUAUGGUGCGGGGCCUCGAGUUGAGGGUUCGUUCGCAAUUGAACACCUGACGGUAAUAUUAAUCCUACUCGUACGAGGUACGUCCACCGCAGUUGCUUUUGACUCGGUGAGUUGUUAGAGUCAGGGGUUGUAUGGGUACGUUGCAUGGCAUCCAUGCAGAAAAGUAUGUACAUUUGUAGCUAGAGGUAAAUGCUGUAUAGACGCGUCACGGCCGACCAAGACACCACGUUUCCAGCCCGUGUUAAGUCAUUCACGUGUCAGAUGAGCUUGAAGUGCGUCUCCAACGACUGUAACUUUCUGUGCACGAUUUUCACCAAGACUUCUCAAU